AUGGAUUCUUUGAGACUGGAAUCUGAGAAGAAAUGUGUUGUGGCAGAUCGAGUGAGAAGACAAGGCAGCGAAACGAUUCUAUAUUGGAGCUGGCUUAGCGAGCCGACUUCUUCGGAGUCGAAUAUUUCCUUUCAGCAGCUUGUUAUUUCUGUUUUGGGUAACGUCCAGCUUUCGGAUUCCUGUGAUCGUUGGGAAUGGAUUUCAGAUCCGGCAGGUUCGUUCUCGGUUAAGGCUGUGAAAAGGAUUUUGAAGGCGGAGCAAGCGUUAGAUAAUAGAUUCAUCUUGGAUUGGUGCAAAUGGAUCCCAGCCAAAUGCAACAUCCACGCGUGGAGAAUGGAAAUGGACAGAAUCCCGACCGGUGAAGCAUUAAGAAAAAGGAACGUCCAGAUUGGUGACGCGUUAUGCCCGAUGUGCAACUCGGUCGAAGAAUCUGCGGAGCAUAUUUUUAUUGGCUGCCAUGUUGCUUCGAUUGUCUGGAACGGCAUAAGCACGUGGUGUAACAUCCCUAAUAUUUUCGCUUUUUCUCUUAAGGAUCUUCUCGGUUUCUAUAAAGAUCUUAGGGUCUCGGAGAAGAAUAAGGACGCGGUACACGGUAUCGUUAUGAUAGCUUGCUGGAGUUUGUGGCAUGCUCGGAACAGCCUCAAAUUCUCUAACAUUCCGGUUAAGAUUGAUAGUAUUAUAAACAAGGUCAAGGCUUUGGGUUUUUUAUGGUUUGCUAAUAGGUCGAAACAUAAAGGGAUAGGUUGA